AUCGUUUCGGCGAGUUCACCAUUGUGAACUACUGCCCCAUACCGCACGCCUGUCGCUUUAAUAUAAGUUUUAUUAUGAACGAGCCUCCUGUUGUCAAUGGCCCUAAGGAGUCGAACAAGGUACUUACUUCAAGAAAUUCCACGGUUAAGGCGAGGACACCCGAACCGCGGUCGCCACGACUGCUACCUCCCAUCUAUGGAGAUGCUGCUAGUUCUUCUGGACGCACCUUACCAACUUACCGACCUCCAAAAGAGGAACAGAGCUGGUCGCGGUUCCACAGCGGCUGCAGGCAGAGACACUCCAUCUACUUAGACUGGAGUUCUGUCAAGACGGAGAAGAAAUAUACAGGGAGUAUGCCUAAGCGGAACAAGGCGAGGUCCGUAACUUCUUUUAAAGAUGCGGAAGAACAGGAUGUGGCAGAUUACUUAAACAAGAAUAAAGAUUUCCUUGAGGCUUACGUCACGGAGCGAGUUCCAGCUGAUAUCAUUCAGAAAUGGCUGCAGAAGAAGACGAGAAGGAAUUAUAUUACUCCUUCGACAUACAGUCACAGACAAAUGAUGUCAUUCAAGAAAACAGAGGAGUUUAAUAAGAAGGAAAUAUUUUCGGACCUUCUAAGAGUUCUCAAAGACGACCCUAACGAGCACUCAGUACUCUGGGAGCUGGCCAACUACAUCACCAGCUCAGUUGGUGUGGACGCACAUCGAGUGUACAAGCUGUACCCUGAUCAUCCAAGUUUCGUUCAAUUCUUCGUCGUCGAUCUUAAGCCUUCUAGAGACGUUAUAAGGAGCUUAGUCAGAGCAUACGCUGAUCAAGUACAUCUGGUGCUCGAAGUGGCAAAGAGUGGAGUGUGUCGUCGAGUAUCCAGACUUGAUGACGCUACCAAAUUCCCGGAGACGCCUGUCGCUUUGUUUAAGUCCAUGGGAAAAAAUGUGAAACAAGCCAACCACGUGAUGUACCAGCCAAUCCUCACGAAGAAUGGAAAGACAGCAUAUGUGAUAGAAAUGUGGAGGGUCAAGGACCGGUUCAAGGAGGUUGAUGAGGAGAUCAGCUCAAAUUUUCUGGUGUUAGGCAGUCUGGCGCUCCAUUACUGCAACCUCUACCUGGACAAGAAGAGAGAGAGGAAUAUGUCCGACUUUCUUUUGGAUGUCGUUAAAGCAAUAUUUGAAGAAAUGGUUUCUUUGGACCAGCUGAUUAAAAGAAUCUUGGAAUUUGCCCAACGUCUAGUCAAUGCUGAUCGAGCAUCUCUGUUCCUCGUUGACUAUAGGAACUUCGAACUGGUUUCCACGGUUUUUGAUCUAAAAUUUGAGCCAGGACACGACAGAGAUAUGGAAAAGAAAGAAAUCAGAAUGCCUAUUAAUAGAGGGAUAGCUGGUCAUGUAGCGUUGUCGGGGGAGACCAUGAAUAUACCUGAUGCCUAUUCUGACUAUAGAUUUAACAGGGAGGUCGACGAAGCUACUGGAUACAAGACAAUAAGCAUCCUAUGUAUGCCGAUCAAAGUCGAAGGUAGAGUCAUAGGAGUUGUCCAGAUGGUGAACAAGCGAAACGAUGACAAUUUCGGUCAUGAAGACGAAGUGUCAUUUGAAAUAUUCUCCACGUUUUUCGGACUGGCACUCCACCACGCCAGACUUUACGAUAGAAUCAUGAGGAAAGAACAGAAGUACCGGGUAGCUCUUGAAGUCCUAAGCUACCAUAACACUUGUAAAGAGAAUGAAGUUACUGCCAUGUUGAGUGACAAGGAGCCCAUCAAAGUAGACUUGGACGAUUUUUAUCUGGACCCUUUCAGAUUCAAUGAGUUUGAAAAAUGCAAAUGCGUUAUCAAGAUGUUUAGCGUUCUUUUCGAUCUGGCUAGUUUUGAUAUUAGCACGUUAACCAGAUUUGUGUUGACAGUUAAGAAGAAUUAUAGAACGGUGCCGUACCAUAACUUUGACCACGGUUGGACUGUUGCCCAUUCCAUGUAUGUGAUACUGAAGAAUGAUUUUAGAAAGCGAUUUGAUUAUAAAAUGCGUUUAGCUCUCUUUGUGGCCUGUCUGUGUCACGAUUUGGACCAUCGAGGCUACACCAAUAAGUAUAUGAGUGAAAUAGCUUCUCCUCUCGCGGCCAUGUACACCACGUCGACACUGGAACACCAUCAUUUUAACAUCACUGUCACCAUAUUGCAGCAGGAUGGUCACAACAUAUUCUCUCACAUCUCAAGCGAGGACUACAAAGAAGUACUAGGUUACAUAAGACAUUGCAUCUUAGCAACAGAUCUUGCAGCAUUCUUCCCUAAUCUGGCGAAGAUCAAGCAGCUUCACGAAGGUGAUACUCCUCAGUUCAACUGGGAUCUUCACAGUCAUAGGGAAUUAGCUAUGGCGAUAUCAAUGACGGCGGCAGACCUAUCAGCUUCAGCAAAACCUUGGGACAUUCAGAUCAAGACUGUGAAGGUGAUUUUUGAGGAGUUCUACGAUCAGGGAGACAAGGAGAGAGCUGCAGGGAGGGAACCGAUACCGAUGAUGGACAGAAAUAAGCCUGAUGAACAACCUUCUAGCCAGGUUGGUUUCCUCAGUCAAAUCUGCGUGGCUUGCUACAGUAUGUUGUACAGAAUCCUUCCAAAUACGCGACCUAUGUAUGCGAUGGCUUUAAAGAACUUAGAGAGAUGGAAGGCACGAGCUGAAAGAAUAAAAAGAAAGCAGUCCAAACUAGAAGCUGAAGUUGAAUCCAAUACUGAUGAGGAUUCUGAACCUACUGGGAUUGUGGAUAAAGUAGAAGAAAAUGUACCUAAGCUUAAAAUAAAAGAAGAAGCAGUUUCAGUUGUAGAUGUUAUGCACGAGUCUGUAUCUUGGGAAGAAGAUGAAGAAGAAAUAAUUGAGAAUGAGAUUCCAAAGAGCGGAAUAUGGAAAGACAUUAACGGAGUUACGUGGAUUGAUGAAGAAGGGGUUGUUGUUAGAGAGAGUGUUUUAAAAGCUAUUGUCAAUAAGGAAAAUGGUGAGGAACAAUGAAUGUUAGAUUAACUAGUAGUCUUAGAAUAUAUGUAGUACUAGUAUUGAUGUGCAAUAAAUUCUGUAUUCAC